CAAGAGAUCAUGAUAUUCUCUCUCACAUGAGCAUACUUUUCCUACCUUAGUAUUGUCUUUUUCCUUGUCAUAUUUAUUUAUUUAGCUUCCACAAACACACACACCACAUCGACAUUGUAUUGUAAAAUGAGUAUGGGUAUGGCAAUUUCAUUCCAUGGCAAUAGAGGUUUUGUUCUCCUCCUUGGUGUUUUGGCUCUUCUUGUUAGCAACUCAUGCUCCGACGACGUUGCGUCGCUAAACCGGAGUAGUUUUCCGGCAGGUUUCAUCUUUGGGACUGCCUCCGCUUCUUACCAGUAUGAAGGUGCUGCAAAUGAAGGUGGCAAGGGACCAAGUACAUGGGACACCUUAACUCAUAAACACCCAGAAAAAAUACAAGACAGAAGUAAUGGAGAUGUAGCGGUUGAUCAGUAUCAUCGUUAUAAGGAAGAUGUUGGGAUCAUGAAGUAUAUGAAUACGGAUGCUUACAGAUUCUCCAUUUCUUGGUCAAGAAUAUUGCCGAAAGGAAAAAUUAGUUCGGGUAUAAAUCAAGAAGGAAUCAAAUAUUACAACAACCUUAUCAACGAGCUUCUGGCUAAUGGUCUACAACCAUUUGUGACCCUUUUCCAUUGGGAUCUUCCCCAAGCCUUACAAGAUGAGUACAGUGGCUUCUACAGCCCUAAUAUAAUAAAGGACUUUCAAGAUUAUUCAGAGUUGUGCUUUAAAGAAUUUGGAGACAGAGUGAAACAUUGGAUUACACUUAACGAACCAUGGAGUUAUUGUUAUGGUUUAGAUAAGCCUUAUCUCGCCGCACACUACCAACUCCUUGCUCAUGCCGCUGCAGUCCAAAUUUAUAAAGCUAAAUAUCAGGUUUCUCAGAAAGGUUUGAUAGGCAUCACGUUAAAUUCUAAUUGGUUCUUGCCAUACACAAACAACAAUUUGGAUAUCCUUGCUGCUCAACGAGCUCUUGAUUUCAUGUUUGGAUGGUUUAUGGAACCAAUAACAAGAGGAAAGUAUCCAAAAUCCAUGCAGCAAUAUGUGGGAAGCCGGUUACCAAGUUUCAGCAAAGAGCAAUCUAAGCAACUUAUAGGUUCAUUUGAUUUUAUUGGACUCAAUUAUUACACUUCUAAUUAUGCUGCUCAUUUACUCCAUGAAAACAAUGACAAUACCAAACCAAACUAUUUCACCGAUUCACAUGUCAAUACGACAACUGAGCGAAAUGGGAUACCCAUUGGGCCAAGGGCUGCUUCAACUUGGCUAUAUGUAUAUCCAAAGGGAAUUCGAGAGAUAUUGUUGUACACAAAGAAAACAUAUAACAACCCUUUGAUUUACAUCACAGAAAAUGGUAUCGAUGAGUUCAAUGAUCCAACACUACCACUUGAAGAGGCCCUCAUGGAUACUUUUAGAAUUGACUAUUAUUAUCGCCAUCUUUAUUAUGUUUCAACCGCAAUCAAGGAUGGAGUGAAUAUAAAAGGGUAUUUUGCAUGGUCACUAUUGGACAACUUUGAAUGGGGCAAUGGUUACACCGUGCGUUUUGGAAUUAACUUUGUUGAUUAUAAAGAUAAUUUGAAAAGGCACCAAAAACUUUCUGCUCAUUGGUUUAGGAAUUUUCUUAAAAAAUAUUAGACUUAAUUCUUGAUGUAAUAAUGGUCAUUUUAUUCCGAAUAAUGUAAACGUGACCAUUUGUAUGAAUGAAUGACCAAUUCUAAUAUUAAAUAAUCUUAAAUUUGAAAUGAUAUUUUGCAUUUA